AGUGAGUGAGUCGCACCUUUCCACGAGCUCGGCUCAGUCUCAGUCCCCUCCCUUCUCCACUCUGUCGUGUUUUGACAGAAAACUGAGCACCGUCUUUCGGCCGGAGACUCUCUCCUUCUGAACCCUCGCUUUGAGCUCCUCUCUCACCGCCACCAGCAGCAGCGGGACUCUCCUGGUGUCACCCUCCACUCCGCCGCCGCCAUCCGUCCAAGUCGUCGCGAGACAGCAGCGUUGACCGUAAGUUAACCAGACGUAUUACACUUUAAUGACUUUCUUUCUCACGCAGGUUAUGUCUCAGCCUUUUUUCCUCUCAGUUAUAAUUGUAAUUGUAAACUCCCAAACACUGGCUCUUCUUUGUUUCCUCGUGGACGUGCCGAGUUAACUGCUCGUGCGACUUUGAAUGAUUACGCUCGUACGGUAAAAACACGCCAACUGCUGCUGCUUCUUAGAAAAGUAUCAUCUACAUUAGUGAACCACAGGAGCAGACACAGACAGACAGGAGGGCUGGAGAAAGGUGCAUCUCUCCCUGUGGUUCGUUGUGUCUCACUCCAUGUAGCUCCAGACUUACAAUGAAAAAGUAUGCAGCGACUGUAUCCUGUGCACUUGUUCCCCCCUGUACUUCAGUGCCUUGUUUGCUCACCUUCAAAGACACACAGAUGUGUUAUUAGACUCUUAAUUACUCCAAUACUUAUUAUUCUAAGGGUACUUUGCCGCAGCUAUACCCAGUUCAAAUCCCCUCAGGAGAUUAAGAGGUUCACUCAUUUUCUUUGUGAGUAUUGACACAUUUUCUCCUUUCCCCCCAGAAGCCUAAGAGGUGAACAGUGUGAACAGUGUGGGAAUGCAAAGGGAUUAUCAUCUGACCUUAACCCGGAGAAGACGAAGCAACUAGACCAUUCAAUCACACGUUUUCUGAUCUUCGCUGCACUACAAUGCCUUUGGGGUUAUAAUGUCUGCGCUAAAGCACGUUAUUCUUCAAGACAAAGACCAGGACGUGGAAAAGAAGCUCGACUGGAGUUACAUUGAGUGGGCUGAAAAUGAAGUUGUCACAACAGGUGUGGCGAACGCACAAACACAAACAGAGUGGGAGCAGACUUUUGAGGACAAAGAAAGUCAGACGAGUAACCCAGUCAUAAUGCACAUAGAUCUGACACGGACACACUCCAAGCUCAGACACUUGUCCCUGGUGGACCCUGAUAGCUUGGUUGCACCUUUGUUCCAGUUUGACAGGCAGGCUCCAGGGCGCAUCUCUACGUCGCCGACCCUGAGGAGGAUGCGGAGCACCAGGCGUCCCCUCACAGAUGCCUGGGACACUGUUAGGAUGGGGAGCACUCAGGAGGAGCCCUCAUCCGGGAGCUCACCUACCCUCAGGGGCCUCCUGUCGCCAUUACACAAAGUCAGGUCCCCUCUUCCAGCGAGCCCCCUUUCUGACGGAGAAAUCUGUCAGACCAAGUCAUCAUCCGGCCGGCAGAGAACCAGAUCGUAUAGAUCAAAGACCUUUGACAACUGUGUCACUUCUGAGAGACCACAAUGCAUCAGUGCUCAUCCCGCUGGCAUUAAAGAAUUUGGAUUUACUGACUUUGAAGUGAAGGUGAGCUUCUUACAAGUAUGAUUUUGCAGACCCAAUCAGACAGAAAUCAUUAGAUUUCCUCAAUCCUGCCAACUCCUUCCAACCAUCACAGCAAAUCAUUUAGUGUAGUCUGGUGAGCAUUUUUCUAAUCUAUGAAUGAAAAGGUUACACAUUCCUUCCUUGCCGAAACCUUCGCUCCCUCAUUCGGCCUUGCCUCCUGCGGUGGUCACUCACAAUGCAAGCUUUUGACAGCAAAUGAAUCAGCAGUUACAUGCACUGACAGCUCCGACCAAGCCCACUGCCCGCAGAGCCCUGGGAAGUGCUUUCCUCGGGCCCCCACUCACCACAGUCAGCAGUCACCCAAUAAUGGAGGGGUCAGUGAGCGAUGGAGAAAGAUAAUGGGGAGAUCUAUUCAUCAGCUCAUGGUAUUCAAGCGAGCACAUUCUCAAUAGAGUCCUGACAUUCUCCUCAGAUAUCAGAGGCUUUUGAGCCCAAGCGGCCACUUAAAACACUGAUUCAGAUUUGAGUGUCUUUGAAAGUGAUAUAGUGGUGAUGUUAGCGGCAGGAGGUCUUCACUUUGUCUGUUCAGAGCUCACUGUACAGCAACACAUGGAUUACAUAGCAUGAAAAUGAUGACAGCAUUGGGACGAUGAGUAAAUAGUUAUCCACUAUCCUGAUUUAGGCAUGCACCAGGUUUAAACUUCGUGCAGAAAGUUUACGAUUUUCCAUUUUGUGUUGACUAAUGCAGUGCUUUUUCUUUUUGCAGGAGAAGGAGCGCAACAGGUAAGCGGACUUUGGACUGUUUUGCAUGCCGUCUGCAGGCCCUGUGCCGAGGACUUUUACUUUCAACUUUAUCAGAACAUGUUUGCAUAUCAGGAAUGAAGUCAAACCUUUCCUGUCACCAUCAAACUAGACGACAAUGAGAGGAAAUGGAUUAGCCUCUGAGUUUACAGAGAACCACCGUUCCUGUUUUCAAAAUAUCCACAUCCAAUCAUGUUAUCGCAACAGAAACAUCAGAGCUUAUAGCAUGUCACCUCAUCGUCACGAGUGCCAUGCCAUCGGGAAGCAUGAUUGGAUGUUUGCUUUAAGGAGCCCCAUUGUGCAUUCAUUGUCAUUCAUGUCUUUGUUAGCCGAGCAUCAGCUUGGCGAGUUAAGUUUUGAGAGCCCCAUGGUUAUGUAUGGGCUAGACAAACCCUCAUUAAGGCUUUCUCUUACUGCCUCACACACCCCUCCUAAUGGGCUGUGGAGCUCUUCCCCUCACUGGAUAAUUAGGCAGCUAUUGUCCUUGUAAUUACACCCUGGCACUGUGCCUCUUACAGUGACCAGGCCCCGUGAGCCAUUGGUUAGGACAGUUUUGUUUUUGGGGGCAUCAUUAUUUCUCUUGUGCGGGAACAAAACACCCAUUUUUACAAGUGCUCUUGGUGGCAGAGAGGCAGACACAGAGGAAGCUUUCUGAGCACUCACAAAGCAACAGGAUGCUUUUGUGAGGAUGCUGUGGAAUGAGCUGCGAGGAGGCACUGACCUGGUUUAGCAGAGUAAACGGGCCUUUCUUACAGUCCCAUUAGCCAACCGAUCCUGUGCAGUACUCAGGUGCUGCAGCUGACCAUUAUCUGUUUUACUGUCGAUUCAGCACUGACUGGCUAUACAUUGAUCGGGGAAAUUGAAGGGGGGCUGUAUCAGGUUUACCGGGAGAAACAGCCCCAGCUAGAGAGAGAGGGAUGAACAGUUAGUGCUUUCACAGUCUCACGAAAGUCCCCCGUAGGAAACAAAAGCAGAGACCAAAGCAUUGUAGGCCAACUUAUACUGUACAGGUUGUUCCUGGAGCCAUGUGGCCUACAUGUGCAUUCGAGUUAGUCUUGUUCGCUUGUGCAACGGUGCAAAUCUCAGCGGCAGCAAUGCAGCUAUUCUUAGGGGGGAAAAUCACAAGCUGUAAGAGGAGGAAAGUUAAUUCGAACACAUUAGAAUAUAUGUUUAGUAGAGGACAGAGUAGCAUUGUUCCUCUUGAUUGUACUUUGUCCCACUUGAAAUGUUUGAUCAUCAUAAACGGGCUGAUCUAACUAAGCUGGCUUCCUUGUAUUUUGAUCAUAUCUAAUGACCUUUAUAAAGCAGACAGUGUUUGAGCUUUCCUGAUCAGAUGUUGUGAACUGAUCCUAAAUCCAGGUCUGAUAUUUUUCUUUUCUACAAACCGCAGUCCUGAUUGUUUUCUCUUUAACUAGAUUAUGAAAUAUUGAGUGAAUAAUACCAUAACACAUCAAAGCUGGUCAAUGACCUGCUGUCCAUCAAUGUCAGCCAGCCAAAAGUAAACCUUCAGCAAAACCGGCCUGUCUGGUUGCCGUGCCGCUUUUUUCUGCUGACUUUUGCAGUUGUUUCAAAUGACUAGGAGCCGCAUGUUAUUGUUGGAUUGCGACUGUUUGAGUCAGAAAGUCACCAAUCAAGUUUUGCAAUGUUUAGAGUCUUUUUAUUCUUUUAAUGACAAAGGAAACAUUAAAGAGACCGCGCUCCUCAGGAGGUUCAGUGGGAAUGGUACUCAUUGGGACUUUUAGCUUUAACAUGAACUCAUAAAUGUGAAUUUGUAGUCCCAGCAGUAAUCCCUGAGUACGCCAGCAAAAGAUAAGUCAAAACACUUGAGCACAGUGGCUGUUUGAGCUUCCCUCGAGGCUAAAAGGCAGGCCUGUGUUUUUCCAGCCGCUGCAAAGCCUCAGUUAGUAACUGUGCAAAGGAGACCAAGAGGAUUAUGACUGACACACACACAAAGUCCCCUGCUCACACACUCAUCGGGUGAUCCAUUAAUAAGCAUCUAUUCUUGCAUAAUCCAGGCACAGAAGAUUUAGCCCUUUUAAUUUCUGAUGCUCAUGUUAAUCUCAAUCUGCUGCACAAUGCAGAUGGUAUUUCAGUGGCAUCUCAAACACGUAAAUGACAAAAGGAAUUCACUUAUUUCCUGUAAGUCUAUUCUCUUUGUGCUGGAGUUGAUCCCCAACAGUCAUGGCAGAGAGUUUCAGAUGUCUAGUGAGACUUUUUUUUAAUUAAAAUGUCACAAAAGGUGUGACACCAUCUGCAGACGUUCACGUGUUUACUGUCCCCCACAGACUCCAGGAGAGGAGGCGGAGCUCAGUGGUGGUCAGCCUGCCGGGGUUGGACGUUUCACCAGGAGACCUUUUCGUAUCCAACGGAGUAGCUGACAUUUUAAAUGGAUCGAACUUCUCUGGUAAAAUUUUUCAUAACCAUCACUUCUUGCUAAAUUGACCCCCUAAUACAGUGGUCCUCCUAAUACUGAAGCUAUAUAGGAUGAUGUUAGACUGGUUCAGAUACCUUUGUCCCCUUUGACGUCAAAAGGAUAUGUGGGUUGUAGAUUUAUUGGUUGUGAAAAACAGUUUUUAAAAAAAUGAACAAAAUCUGUAAACAUCAUUUUCACUUAAACUCCCCUUUAGGUCCAGUUGUGUUUAUUUACAGCAGACGUUUUCUUGACCUAACAGUCCUGGUCAUUCUGAAAAGACACUAUGUGCUCCACAGCCUUUUUGAAGUUAAUUGCAGGCUCUGGGACGCAGAUUAAAGGAGGCAGCACUGUAACACAGUUUUGGCCUCAGGUUGGAAAAGUUUCCCAGUAUCCAGUUAUCCGUUGUGUCUUUCUUCUUUAAAGGACACACAUCUCAUGUGUGUUUGCUUGAGGCACAAAAGCACAAAUAAUGCACAAAAGAUAAAAGACUAAACUCACCGUUUGUGCGCCUCUGUGGACAGAAGAGAUUCUUUUGUUUUUGUAACAGGAUUUUUUCUAAAUCUUGCAGUUCAGGAUUUAACAUUCUUCCCUGUGACUUUUAUAGAUACAAAGAAGUCAAAGUGGCCCUUUUCAAGGCGAGGCACGGUAGGUGUGUUUGUCUGUGUCUGUGUCAGUGUCUGUUGUUGGUGCUGACAGUCUGCUUGUCUUCUGCUUUGAUGUCCUUUUCUUAAGUGAUGGGCAUUAGUUUAGACAUUGUUCUCUGACCCCUAAAGCACCUGAAAGUGGUCCCUCUUUUGCCUCUUGGUCCACAUUUUUUCUAACUUGUCAACACUGAGAGCCUGAGCUAAACUCGUUGGGUUGGUUAUAUCUUAUGUCAGGAGUUGAAUUCCUCCUCAUCCGUACUCAAGAGUCAUCCAUCACUGAGUCUUUUUUCACGAUUUGCAUGAAGAAAGCGUGUGCCUCUCUUUCUGACAGACUAAAGGGAAGGUGCAGAUGUGCACAGCGUCAGAUGUUGAAAAAUACCUCUCAACGUCUCAGAUUCAAGACUGGAGAAACCCAGACCUUCAGAGGUAUAAGGUGAGUGACGAACGUGGUCAGCAGCAAACCCCGCUGUUUGUUUUGUAAAUCGCUUUGUUGGUUCAGCAGCGGCUUCUGAUCCUCGCAAAGUCAGAGUUCAAAUAACCAAGAGAUCCAGAUUUCCUAACCAAAUAGAUCAGUGUUUAACAAGUGGCUCAGGAAUAACAGGAUGGCAGUCAGAGGGAAGCUUCUAUGACACUGUUAUGAAACAACCAGAAAUUCGAGGCAGAAACCAGUCAGGUCAAACCACAGACAUAUAAACAAACACUGAUGUGUUCAGAGUGUGUCAGGAUAGUGGUAGGAAUUGUGCAGCAGCAAACAGUCUGCAUGUGAAACACACAUUCUCAGCCAUAAAUGAAAUAUAAUAUCUCUAAUUUGAAAGAUUUUCCUCUUUAUCUGAUCACCUUUGUCCACGUCUAUGUUCAGGACUUCUCUCUGUCGGAGUUCCUGCGGGACCAGUCCUCCCAGGUGAGCGCUAGCUCUGACCCUCAGGGCUUCAAGAGACAGGGAGCCAUCUGGGAGCUUUUCACUAGCGAGUGUGUCUACUUCCUGGAUCAGCUCAUGGUGCUCAAAGAGGUGAGUGUCCAAAGCCUCAUAAUGAUCAGGUAUACACAAACACACACAGGACCGCAAAUAAACAGACCAAACCCUAAUGAAACUCCACACCUGCAGCAUUGUGUUUUUCCUUUUCAGUCCUGUCCCUGAAUCUCUGUAUAAGAGUCUCUUUGGGUUUUCCAUUGUUUACAGGCAGGAAUUAGAAAUUCAAUGCGACAAUAGCAGAAGGCUGAGCUCAUUCUCUUUCUCACUUCUUCUUCCUCUUCUUCUUUCUGGUGAAUUUCAGGUGUUUCUGGCUACGCUCACGAACCUGCAGGUGAGGAACUGCCUGACAGACAUCGACUCAUGGAGGCUGUUUGCAAACCUCAAUGAGCUUUGCUUGGUAAGCGUCAAUGUAAAUUUGUCGCCUGAGGUCCACUAUUUUGAGAUGUUUAUGUAAAUAAUCACAGACCGCACACAGUGGUGUUUCAUUACACUGUUGAAGCUGCUGUGAGGAUCUGUGUUGACCUUGGUGUCCCCCUUGACUGAUUUCAUGUCAUUUUUGAAAGUGGUGUUUGUCUUUUUGAGGUGAAAUCUAUCACUCACCAAGAGUAUUUGCCCCAGGAUGAGUAACUAAAGCUGUUUCUCCAGUAUACCUACCCCCUCUCAGCAGUUACAGGCAUUCAAAAUGAGAUAAGAACUUUCUUGAUCCCCGAAGGCAAAUUCAAUCACACUGUAUAAAAUAUUAACCUUACCCUCAAUCAAUCAAUCAAUCAAUCAAUCAAAACUUUAUUUAUAGAGUACUUUUCCUGCAUGGACAUACAACACAAAGUGCUUUACACACAAAGGUCUGUGUCUGUAUAUCAUAGAGAUUCAUCACUGUUCAUGCCAGCCCAUAUCACAACCCAUCAGAAACUCCUCACAGGAGCUUUAAGAUGCAGCAGUAAAAGAUCAGCAAUAAGCGAAGACGAACAGGUUCAAUUAAAAAUGCUAUAGAGGGUCACAUGAUCAGAAUUACACACAAUUAAAAGUAAAAAAUGUAGAAAUGUAGAAAAAUAAAAACCUGAAGGCUGUUUGAAACUGCCAAAAUAAAACUUAUAUGAAUUCAGAGUACAGGGUGUGGCUCAGUGUCUUAUCUAUUCAUUCAUGAAUCACUCUAUCACUUAUCGUGUUUUAAAGGACACCCCAUGCAGGGGUCAUGAUGAGCUCAUUAAUGUCACUUUUCUUACUUUUUUUUUCGGCCAAACCUCAACAUGUGUGAGCUGUCUAUUCUACUAUUACACUAGUGGAUAUUUAAGGGCUUAUUACAGUGAGGGACCACAUCUUAAAUGAGGAAAUAAUUGGUGAUAUUUCUCUUAGUUUAUGUUCUAACUUGAAUGUCCAGGACACAAAGUAAUUCAAAAGAACAGGAAAUGAAUUCAAGAAAAAAAAAGUGUUGAUGUUUCCUAAUGCAGCUCUAGGUAUUAAGUGAACGCCUCAUUGUUCACCUUACAUCAUGUCUUCUUUUGUUCACUGAGGCUGAAUGAAGCGAGUGUCGCUUGGUCACUUGACACUACUUUUUUUUUUUCUGCCACAGGUGAGCUUUGGUUUCCUGACCAACCUCCUGCGUGUCAUCAAGGACAUGUUGGAGAUAAGUGAGGGUGGCGGGCCCACCCUGCUGGAGCUGCUGAGCAAGGCAAGCAAGGGACACACACGUGGACACACACCAACACACACACACACAGAGCCUCUGCUCAGUUAUUAGCUUGUUGUAAAACUUGGCAGAUAAGACAAAUACCACACUUAAAGGCAAUCUGUGAGUGCACAGUAUUAGAGCUCUUAACUGGAUCUAUUCACACUAUAAUGUAUUUAUUUCACAAACAGAUACCUAUUUGUAGGUUAGACAUUAGAGUUUAGUUAACACACGCCAACAAAUUACACAUUCAGUUGGUGUUUUGUGGGUAAAGAGAACUGAGUAAAUUACAUCAGGUAAACAGACUCUGAUGGUGGUAUUUAAAUUAGAGUUUUUGACAGAGACUGCGAGUGCAAAAUGAAAUCUCCAGGAGUUAGAUGUAUGAGCACAAGAGGAAAGGAGGAAAAUAAGUCAGCUAAGACAAAGAUAUCUGAGGAUUACUAAAAGGAACGUGUGUGUCUGAAUUUUGCACGUCAUCUUCUACAGAGCAAUUCAGGAUAAAUCUUUUGAGUUUCUCAUCGUUUCCAGUAACAAAAUCACCAUACCACAUUGCUCCGUUUUACUUUUUUGAUAUCAAAUUGUGCUUUAAAAGAAGCAGUAAAGAGGGAACAAUAUACGCCGACUUACAUGACAGACUUUUUUCAGUGUCUUGUGCUUAAAUCAAAAUUUGCAUCAUCCUCUCGUCUUUGUUUAUGAGUGAUUAAUCUGCAGCUGUGACCUGUCAGUCUACUGCCCUGUGUUUGUUUAACACUGAUGUAACACUGACUGUUGGCAGGCUUUUCAGGAGAGCGUAUGCCACUGCCUGCAGAAGUACUGCCUCAACUACUCGGCGGCUCUGCUUUAUCUGGACAGCCUGAAACCACGAGAGGACUUUGGAUCCUACGUGAAGGUACAGGGGGGAGCUCACUAAGGGAAAUCAGAGUGGUGGCAGGAACGCUGUGUACCUUUACCAUGCAGUAGACAGAGAGAGCCAAGUUCAUAUAUUUAUCCUUAAUUUCACACUUUAAUGUCACAUAUAGAGGAAGUGGGUUGUGUGUCUGUAGUGUAACCUUCCCUGUCAUGUACAUGCUGAACUUUUACUGUGUUUUCAUUUCUCUGCGCUCGCUCCUCACCGCCCAUCCCCCCUUUGCUCUUAACAAUCCCCAUGACAAGCAUUUUCACCCCUUUGACCUCUUUCUUUUUUCUUCUCACACCCUGUCCCCUCUUUUUCUCCCCCCCCCUUUUCUCUUCCCAGUGGUGCGAGAGGAACGAACAGUGCAAGAGGCUGCAACUGCGUGACCUGUUGGUGGCGCCGCUUCAGAGGUUGACUCGUUACCCGCUGUUGUUGAGGAACAUUGCAAAGAGAUGCCAGGCGGAGGAUGAAACCAGAGGCCUGCAGGUUAUAGCCGAGCAGGUGGACACCUCGAUAUGUGAGUGACUGUUACUAAAAAAUGUUCACAGUAUGUAUGAAAAUACCAUCAUUGACUUUGAACUCUUGCGGACGAUAUUUUCGGCUCAUUCUGCAGACCGUUACUGGGGCAUAGCUUCAGGUGUUUAUUAGCAGGUGUUUUACAAACCUACUAAAACACAAAAAGCAUGGUAAGCAGGUGUAAGUAAUGUGAUAUCUGUCAACAUUAACAGGCCAGUAUGUGUCCUUAUGCGCAAACAUGCUGCUCGUCUUGGACGGCCGCCAGCAGCGGUGACAGUUUAUUCUGCACCGCAUGCCUCUGCCUGCAGACCUGUUGUGUGGGUUUACUCUGUAACCAGAGGAAAAGGCUGUGGGAAUUGUGCCGCAGCAUUGCGCUUCAAUGUCACUCUGUUGUACUGAACACACAAAUCCAAAGAACGUAGGCUCACAAAUCUUUAACCACACACUUUCCCAUAACCAUUAAAAAGGUGUGGCAGAGCUGCACAGGUGACUGUAACACGUCUGAGAUGUAGAGGCUAAUGUCCUCUGGGUGUGGGGGAAAUUUAGUGUGCUGCAAUCUGUCACGAUACGGUCACACCCACGUUUGGCAGCAACCAUCACUGAACAACAAAACACAAGCAGAUAAUAAAGAAGAGUUGCAGCCCUGUCAUUAAGUAUAAAAGGUGUUUUUAACAGGGCUUAAAUAUAUGAUUCAUAGAGUUAGUUUGAUGUAUUUUUAGUCGGCCAUUACAGGCAGUUUUAUGUUAGCUUGAUGACUCUCUGUUUUCAGGUGAUUUGGAAGGAAAGGUAAAGUGGCUCGACAACUACCAGAAGGUGAAACAGCUGAGGGACGCCCUGGUGUGGCUGCCUGUGUGGGAGAGAGACAAGCGUGCUUUCGUACCUGAGGUCAGUCCGCUUCUUUGUCCCUGUGUUCAAAUAAUCUUAGUGUGUGUUUAUGUGUCUCUGAAAAACCGUCACCCUCUGGUACCUUCAGCGUGCAGAUAAGAAGAUGCAAUCGUUUAUCUGGACGUGAAAUCAGAUCUCCUGAAAGGCAAAGCAAAUGACGAGUGUUCGCAUAUUUUCAGUGCAGCAUAUCUUUAGCUGCUACUUGGGUAUCGGAAGCUGGAAUUUUUACGUUUCAGUUUACAAGUCAAGAGUUAAAACACGCUGAUGUGAUUGACUGGUCUGGUCCUCUUGCAGAAUCUGAAACAUCUGUUAAAAGCAGUCACUCUGGAGAAUCUCAUCUCGCACCGAAGCCUGCUGCAUGAAGGGAAGCUGGUGCUGGUAGAAAACACAAAGCUGGUCGACGUUUACAUGUUCCUGUUUGACGAAUUCCUGCUGAUCACCAAGAUAAAGAGGAACAAGAAGGUACUUGCUGCAGCCCCUGGACAUGUGCAAUCUGGCUCUGUACGCCACAGAUACUUCACUCUGUUUCAUGUCUCCCUCUGUAGCGCUCUAUCGGUCCAGAGCAGAGUCCACUCAGGCCUCCACAGAACCUGGAGCUGGACCAGCUGCUCAAGGAGGGCUCCACCUUCACAGUCCUGGACCAGCCUGUGUCUCUGGACCGACUUCAGCUCAAGAACAUCGACCAGCUAAAUGCAUCAAGUAAAAACAGCAUUUAAGACUUUCAUUUUUGGAGUUUAUUGGGUUAAAAAAGCAAAAUCCUUCAGUCCGUUUCUCUCUUUUCUUGAUGUUUACAGCAGAGUUUUAAUGUUAUGCUUUGUUUUCAGCUUCAGGGCUUCCUCAUUCGUUCAUCAUUAUGCACCAGAACCGCUACCAGCAGUGUAUAGGAGCUUUUAUACUGCAAGCUGCUUCAGAGGCAGCAAAGGUACUUCUCCUUGACCACUGAUUCCUACAAAGUUUUAAAAUGUGUAAAGACUUAACCUGACAAGUUUAAGGUCGAAUUAGUUUUCAGGAUUAGGCAGAGUUUACUUUUAAAGGGGCACACUUUAUUAAUCAUAUUUCAGUAAUGAUAUUCCAAGUUUUUCACAGUUUGAUAACCUGCACCAACCCAUCAUCUGAGUCGACCAUCUCCCUCCCACUAACUUCUUCCUGUUCCCUUUUUCCAGAGAGCGUGGAUGUCAAAGAUAGAGGGCGCUGUGACGGCACUGCUGAAGCUGGACUCUGAGCAGCCGCGAGUCAAGAGCUCCUCCCUGUGGCUGGAGUCUUCUCAGAUCUGAGAGCCAUAAUCAACCGGAGCACCAGAAGCCAUUUGAAACCUCUCUGCUGGGGAUGUGCACUUCACUGUCUCCUUACGUCCUGUAAAUUAAAGUACUAGCACUAGAUCUCUUUUGUAAACUUGAUAUUUGCCUUUUAAAGGCAACUGCUGCAGUAGUGUAAAAUAAAUGUGUCAUUAUAUAUAUAUAAAGAAGUUUUCCUCUUUUCUUA